GCAGCGGCACUACGCUUUGGCGGCUAUGCGCUAUUUCUAGCCAGUGGCGGAUCCGGGCGGGAUGGCUGGCAGCAGCUGUCAGAAAAAUCGCAGGCGAAGUUCCGUGCAGAUUCCCGUAGAGAGCGCAGGAGUAUGCUCUCCGCAAGCAAAGACAGACGGCGUCGCUCAAAGACAAGGGCCAGGGCCGCCACAGCUUUGGUUCGUCGCAGUCCGAAGCCGGCCUGGCUUCGCAAGCUGGCGACCAAGAACUGGCUCCGCAAGAACUCGGCAAAAAUACGUGGGUUCCUGUGCUUCGCCCUGCAUUGGAUGCAGCAUUUGCAUAUGCCCGCCCCUGUUUCCGGCUACCCUCAGGGGGGCCCCAGCCGCCCCGCUACCCCGGUGCCAGACAUGCGCAGAUUGUACGGACUUCAGGGUCGGGCAUCGGCGCCACCCAAACGCAGUUCUUCUCCGGGGCAUGCCGCUUUUGCAUACCAACUGCCACAGUUCCGGCCAGAGGCUUCUGCUCCACCUGCUCCACCUGCCAGGAAACCGAUAGAUCCAUCGGAACUCGUGCAGGGUCAACAGUUGGACUAUUGGAGUGAUCACAACCAGUGCUGGAUGCCAGCUAUCAUCACCGAUGUGGACAACGAGUCCGGUGGCAUUUGCCUCAACGUCAAGCCGAACGCUUUCAUCAGUCGGUCGGACCAGCGCCGGAAAGUUCGGUCAAGGACUAUCCCCAAUGCCCAACAAGUGGCAACAGCACAGGGCAUUGUGCAGCAGGAGCAAGUGGAACCAGUUGCAGAGCAAAUCUUUGUCAGUGCUGCAAGGGCCAAGGAUCGCCCAAUUCCUGCGGAGCAAGUUCCGCACCUUGGAGCCUACUUGGACGGACUGCUGGGGUUGGUGGGUUCCCAAGUUCAUUUGAUGCAGUCUGCCCGAAGCGAACCGGGCUUGGGCCUGGAUGAGUUCAAGAAAGUCUUUUGGGAGCUGUUGCAGCUGCAGCAGGAAAUCUCAGUUCAAGCGAUUCCUCGAUUCUCCAUCGAUUCGUUUAAGGAGGGAGAGCCGUGGCAGAAGUAUGCCAAAGGCAAAGAACUAGGCCACGGCACCUACGGUUUCGUGUACCUGGCGAGCGACAAGCAUUCCAAACAGGUCAGGGCCAUAAAGGAAAUCUCCAAAGAGAAGCUCCAUGGGGAUAUGCAGGCGAUGAAGAAAGAAAUCGAGAACCUGACGAACCUUGACCACCCUCACAUCUUGAAGCUCUAUGAGGUGUAUAGCACAAAGGACGAUGUGUACCUUGUGACCGACUUUUGCCCUGGAGGGGAGCUGCAUGGCCACAUUUCAUCUGCCAAAAAGACUCGGCAGGAAAUCCCCAUGCCAUGGAUCGCUGAAGCCAUGCAGCAGCUGAUGCAGGCAAUUUGCCACAUCCAUGUUCGGGGAAUCAUCCACUUAGAUGUGAAGUCGCAGAACAUCAUGCUCAUGCCCAGCCAAAAGACAGCAGCCUUCUUCGGAAAGGGCGAUGCCAAAGACGCCAAAUCUGCAACCUUCAACUCCAAGCCCCACGUGGUUGUCAUAGACCUCGGGAUUGCCAUGCACUUCAAGCCUGGUGACUAUAGGGGCAAUCGUCCAAUGGGUACGCCCAUGACAAUGGCUCCAGAGGUUUGGUCAGGCGAAAUCACACCCGAGGCUGAUGUGUUCAGCUGCGGUUGUGUGUUUUUUGAGCUUCUUUGUGGGGAGAUGCCUUUUCGAGUCAAGUUCGAGGGCAACUUUGACGAUGUUGUGAAGUUCUGGCGGCAGAAACCGCGGCCUGCAUGGCAGUAUGUGUCUGGCACUUCCCGGGAUGUCAAGGAAUUACUUGAAGGCAUGCUGCUGCAGGAGCGGCAGCGUCGCCCUUCUGCGUCUCAGUGCUUGGCGACCAAAUUCUUGAAAGAUGCCUCUGAUCCGAAACAGACUGGCAGUCUAAACGAGUCAAAUCGGCAGAGGCUGAUGAAGCGGCUGGCUUCGGUUCAUUGUCGAUCGGUCUUGUACAAGAACAUAGCAAUGAAAAUUGCUCAGGAUUGGCCGCCUAACCAGAUGCCCACCUUCAAGCAAUUGUUCAAUGAGUUUGAUGUUCAUGGCAAUGGUUCGCUGCCGACAGAUGGAUUGAAGACUACGCUAAUGAAGCAUGGGGUUGAUGAGGCUGAGGCUAGUCGUGCAGCUGCAGCUAUGAACUUGAGUCAAGACAAGGACGCAAUCAAUUGGACCGAGUUUGUUGCGGCUUGCAUUGACUUGAGCCAGCCCGAGUUCGAGCCCAAGAUCUUCAAGAUUUUCCAAGAUGCAGAUGCUGACCGGGACAACUUGCUUUCAGCUUCGGAUCUGAUGAACACUUUUCCACAGGGAAACAUGUACGGCCUGGAAACAGCGACAAGUGUUUUCAGAGAUCUCACAGGAAGGGAUGCCCAGAAAGAUCGAGGAGCACGGAUGGACUGGAGCACCUUCUACAAGCAUCUGCAGAGCUGUGCUCUGAACGGUGUUGAAGAGCCGGUGUUGGCACAGACGCAAUUAAAUAUCUUCUUCAAAGGAGUGACUGAUGCGAUUAACAAUGUCACAGGUGCGUACUUCUCAAACGACCCCCGAACGCAGAAGUUGCCGAACGCUGUGCGCUUCCCAGGUGAGCGCAUCCCGCAGAGCAUGGAUGACAUGCUGAAGACCUUGGCAGACAUGGGCUUCAAGGAUCGUGAGCUCAACAGGCAAGUUCUCAACGAGAAGGGCGGUUCUCUGAGUGACGAUGUUAUCGAGACGAUCAUGCAGCGCUUCGCCAUUGCGAGUUUGCCAGGUGCUGUUCACUGCAAGAACCACUGGCUGUGGGCAGCAACUUUGGAUCAGAGCAAGUGUUGGUCGGAAAGGUUCUUCAGCUCCGCCAUGGCAGCCUUGGACGAGGAGGUACACGGCCAUCACCGAGCCCGUGCCCGAGGUAAUUACGAGAGACGGCGACGGGCCUACGGUCUCCGCUCGCCUCGUGGCUGCAUCUGUGGCGACGAUGUGCGUCGGCAUGGACGGGUGGAAGAAGUCGUGGAGGUGAUGGCGGACGAGGUUAGCCUAGCCACCUCGUCUGUCAUGGACCGCGGCCAUUGUCACGAUGAUCCUGGCUACCACGGCCUCCCUCAUCACAGCUGUCAGCUGGUGGCUGACACCGAAAGUGCUCCUCAGACGCACCGGGGCAGAGCCAGAGGCAAAUCUGGCUGCGCGCCACUACUUUCACCACUGCCUCGCCGCGCUCCGCGGCCCUCCCUGGCGCUGACGAAUGGAGGCUCUACCGAGGCUGGUGGCACCUCUGUGGCAGAAGCCACGGGCAUAGCGGCAUCAGAAUUCACGGCUCCAGCAGCCGAGAUUCCGCUUCGCAUGCUUGGUGUGCCCGAAGAGGGCUUGCCGGCCCUCGCGCGCUGGCAGAAAGUGGUAGCCGGAGUUGUGGGCGUUGCGGCAGCAAUGGUGUUUGUUUUGAGUGGUGCUUCAUCACAGCCGACCUCCUGGGACAAAGAAGCCCGAGAGGAGGAGACAGAGCCUUCCAUGCAAGCGAUGGAAGGCACAGGGCAGGACAAGUCAGGUGUGGAGGGACCGAAGGCGGCAGAGGAGAGGCCGCUCGAUUUGAGGCUUCGACAAGGAAAACUGAAGCCCGAAGAAGAGGCCAAGUUCCGGCAGGGAGUGGCAAAUCUAUCGCCAGAGUCGAAAAUGGCCAUAAAGGAAUGGAUGCAGCUGACAGGCGAAGGCGACACCUGGGCUUUGCUGGGGUUGAACUGCAUGCUGCUGAUUUUCAUCGCAGGCUUGCUGGCACUUGCAGCGGCAGCUAUCGUAGGUGGGCUCCAAGUCAAUAUCUUCGACAUGGAUGUCUGGAGAGACGGGUACAACAAGCUUCAGAUUGCCAUGGAGAAAGGCUCCUGGCCACGCCAGCUCCCUGUGCAAUCGCAGACCCUUCAUCAUGAUAUGGCUGAACUGUAA